AUGUUCCAUUGGGCACUCUACGCCGUAAUUGGAGGAGUCCCGUGGUUCGUCCUUCUAGAAGAGAGAAAUCUCUCUCUCUCCAUCGUUGACGUAGAAUCAUGUAAUGGAAUCCGUAAGGUAUAUCAACCGCCGCCCACCCGCCUCGGGAACGUCCGCUUGGCAUCCUCCUCCCUUCCUGUUCGUUCCAAUACCACGUUCUCUUUUUCUCACUCUCUCAUUCUUCCCUUGACCGCAUCCGGUCAUUCUAGUCACUCUUUAACCCAGUCAAAACCUCAUUUCACCAUGCAGUUCUCCUCCUACCUCGUCUCGGCCAUCCUGGCCGUCACGGCCGUGGCCACGCCGACGCCCGUCGUCGUCGACAAGCGCGCCACCAAGAUGUGCGACAACUGGGGCUCCCUCACCACCGGCGGCCUCACCGUCUACCACAACAACUGGGGCGCCGCCCAGGCCUCCUCCGGCAGCCAGUGCACCACCUUCGAGUCCCUCAAGUCCGGCUCCGUCGCCUGGUCGACCUCGUGGACCUGGACCGGCGGCCAGGGCCAGGUCAAGUCCUACUCCAACGUAGCCCUCGAGAAGAUCAACAAGAAGCUCUCCGCUAUCAAGUCCAUCCCCUCCAAGUGGACCUGGAGCUACUCCGGCUCCAACAUCGUUGCUGAUGUCGCCUACGACCUCUGGCUCGCCCCCUCCGUUGGUGCCAACAACAAGUACGAGAUCAUGAUCUGGCUCAGCGCCCUCGGCGGCGCCGGCCCCAUCUCCAGCACCGGCAAGACCAUCGACACCCCGACCAUCGCCGGCACCAAGUGGUCCCUCUACAGCGGCCCCAACGGAGACACCACCGUCUACUCCUUCGUCGCCCCCAAGGACAUCAAGAGCUUCAACGGCGACCUGAUGGGCUUCUUCAACUACCUCACCUCCAAGCAGGGCGUCGCCAAGACCAACGUUGUCACCAGCCUCCAAGCCGGCACCGAGCCCUUCUCCGGCAACAACGCCGUCUUCAAGACCUCCGCCUACACCAUCUCCGUCGCCUAA